AUUUCGUGACGUCAUCACCCUUAUAGCUGACCUAUCGGAUUCAGUCGUUAAUAUAAUACUGUCUUCUUUCCUUAGCGUAUUCUUCAGUUUUCAAGAGGUCAACAUGAUUUGAUACUCUGUUGUAAUUCUUAGUUCGCCAAAUUUGAGGGAGCUUCUGUUUUUCAUCUAAUCACAUAAAAACAUGUGUUAUGAAAAAAUAUCAUGUGACGAUGCCUCAGAAUUGAUUUAUCAAGAUUCUUGCACUACGAUAGGCCUUCGAAAUUCUUUUACUCACACCACUUGUUUCAAAACUAUAUGACAUAUAAAUCAAAUUCCUAGAAAAUGUUUUAAGAAUCAUUAACGGAAAAAACAAAAGACUUCAACCGCAUAAUCAAUGUCCAUUUUGCCUAAGCUCUUUUUCAUUAUAAAAGAAUUUACGGUCGGUUUCCAUUGAAAUUUAAACGCCUAAGAUCCGGCCGAAGUCACAUUUCUCUACCGUAAAUAAUGCAAGUUUACAUAGAGAAUUAAAAAAUCAAGUUAAACUCAAUAAAGUUAUCUUGGUAGCAAACCAUCAAAGAAGAUUAUUCGUUGCUGAGUACACAUUUAUUAAGGAUUCAGGUGCCCAAAUUAAACCCAAUAACCAUUUAAUAAGUCAAUGUUGAUGCUCAUUUAACAGACUGGCAAAAUACAAAUCUACAGCGAAGCUCCAGCACCUGCUUGGGCAGAUAGGGGGUCACUAUCUUUUCUUAGCGAAUCGACUCUAAAUGAACAAAGCUCAUUAGGUAAGAAUUAAAAGUCAGGUGGCCCCUCCGGGUGCAUUUCAAAUCAUUCACAUUCAAAGUUGAGCGCAGGUUUGUAUUGAAAACGCGCAGGCGCUAUUGUUCUAUCUGACACAAGAGCUCUAAAUAGCUCGAAAUCUCAUUGUAUUGUAAAAGGAGCCACAUUUGCGAGAUAAAACACUUGAACAAGCCAAUCGAUUGGCAAUGAUUUCUUAAAUAUCUGCCGGGCGGAUAUCUCAUAUAGAUACAUGCUCGCAGGCUGUCAUAUGCGCAUCUGAAGGACAUCUCUCAAAAGACCGGGUCACAUUAGAAGCAAAGAGAACGAGGAAAAAUUCAAUUAACUGGAUAUCAUCGCGGAAAGAGUAUAAUAAAUUUUGUAUCCUGAAAAGAUUAAGAAGUAUUCUUCUUGCACUGGAGACAUUAUUUGGUUUUUAACUAAUUUUUGGAAACCUAGAAAGAAGUAGCUGUUGGUGGAUGAAAACUUGUUAGCUGAAGGUUCUUUGGCAGACAGUAUCCUUGAAGGCAACGCCUAGAAAGGAGUUGCAGGAGAAAUAAAGUCGCAGAACAGCAGAAAAGGAAUUGAGGCCAGAGACAGAAUGAGUGCACAGAGCAAAGAGACGGCAAUAAGCAACAGUGAAAAGAAGCGCUCGCCAAAAUGCGCUCGAUGCAGAAACCAUGGCUUUGAGUCAAAUCUAAAGGGACACAAAGGCUUCUGCCGUUGGAGAGAUUGCAUGUGCGCUAAAUGUCUUCUUAUUGUCGAGAGGCAAAGGGUGUUAGCGGCACAGGUUGCAUUAAGAAGACAACAGAUGCAUGAAUCAAAGCAGAGAGUUACUCCACUGCCAAGAGGAGACAUCUUCCCCGUCACAAGAACGUCUCCCUCACAUUCCCCAAGUCUGGAUGAGAAAGAAGACGAUGGUAAUGAAGGAGCUGUCUCUCCAAAUCCACGAUCAAGUCCAGGAUGCCCAAAACCGUCAGGGCCCAUAGCUGAAAAUACCCUUAGCACAAUGCAACAUGGUCGAGAAAUGCCUGCAGGAAUGCCCAUUUACCCUUCUAACAACACACCAGAUGGAGGUUACUACUACCGGAUAAACAGGUUUUUACCACGUCAUUUGGAGUCUGCAUUUCAGCCACCAGUAGGAGCCCCAGCUCCAUCCAGAGGCUAUCCAAUGAGCAACGAGAUGUACCCACCACGUCCCUCAUACUUUCAGUCAUGCUCAAGUGGACUAGGACCGAAAUCCUGUUGCCAUGACAGGCUUUGUAGUAUGAGACCUUGGUGCAGCCCUCCUUUUGAAUUGGAGCCUCGUCAUGAAAAAUCACAAGAACAGGCGUCUCGCGUUCUCAGGUCAAUGGAAUCAAGCGCAAUCAAAGUGAAUAAAAAGAAUCCAUUGGAGAUGCUAGCAAGACUCUUCCCUAAACAAUCGAUGCAGGCAUUGAAAAGAGUGCUAGAGUCGUGUCAAGGAGACCCUGUGUUCGCAAUUGAGCGAAUAUUGGAUCGGUAUCCAAGCGAAAUGGACAUUGACGAAUUGCCAGUCCCAGGAGGCAGGGAAAGGCAAAGGUCAUAUAGCGUAGACGAGGAGAUGAAGCCCCCGGAGAGAAGGUUACACGGCAUAAAUGACGAUCACCUCUCAAAGCUGGCAAUGGCUUAUGACAUACCUCUUUCUCUUGGGAAAUUGCAUCGAGAAGAUUACAAAAUGAAAGAACCCAAGUGGGAGCAAAAGAAUUCGCUUUCAAGCGAUUUCAAUGAUAACUCUCAACGAACUGAAUUUUGAUUCCACUUAAAAAAGCCACCAUUUGCUGACCUAACUAAAACAAAAUUAUUGUAAAUACUUAACAGAAACAGAAACAUUUAAAAAGCACAUGUGUAGAAUAUCUUUCAAAAUAAUGCACAACUAUACCCCUGAUACUUCUUGAAUAGGUUAAUGCCCUUUAAGAUGCAUAAAAAUCUCAAAUAUCAUUUAAUUGCAAUCAAAUUAUUUCUCGCACGUUUCUCAAUAAGAAUCUGCCGAGGGCCAUGCUUUUGAAAAGGGGACAGGUACAGCUCCUUUUCCCGUUUCCCCCUUUCCACUACUGCUAAUAAGUAUUGAAUAAAUAUCAACAUGGUUGUAUUGCCAUUAAAACGACUCUUUCCUCCUUCCCUUGGCACGAAUUUGUCAACAUACGCACGCUAGUACUCUUGCACAAAUGUUUGAUUUGCAUAAUAGAACGUAAACCAUAGAUAUAUGAUUCAAACAUACCUGUUUGGUUACAAACAUCAGUAUGAAUUUGCUUGCUUCUCGUUGACUUCUUACUUCUUUUGAAAUUUUGAGUGAACACAUAAUUUGAACCAACACACUUUUCAUUGACUUGAUUUUCCGUUAAUAAAUUAAUUGUUAAAUGCAUCCAUAUCAACCGGAGUCUUUUAGUUGACUGAUUCUUCUUGCGCAUUCGUGUGAUGUGAGAACUUCUCUAGAAACAAUAUUAGCUGAGAACCAAACGUUAAAUAUCGAUGAAUUUUCUCGUCUUACCUAACAAGGCACAGAAGCAUGACAAUGCUUUGAGCGGACAAUAGAAUUUCAAAUUGCAAUGGCUCUUGAUGGGGAGACAAGCAAGAAAAAGUUUUUUAAUGUGUGAGCAGCCCUCUUUACUGGAGUCGUCAAGAGCAUGCCGAUUGAACGAAAUUAUUAUUACGCAUGCUCUCUUGACUCCAGGACGGAGGGUUGCUUCAUUUGAAGGUUUUCGCUCGCUUGCCUGCCCAACCAAAGUACCGUUAUUUUCUCUACACAUCAUGUUGCAGAUUUUUGAAAGCAAGCGUUCUAGAAUUUCA